UGUAAAAUUCUAAGUAAAUAAAAAAUGUCUACAAAGAGCUAAUAAAAUCAAAUUAAGUUCUUCAUCAACAAAUGAAAAAUUCAAAAGUGUGAAACCGUAUAAAAAAUGAUCCAAGUGAGAUUAACAAUUUAAUGUACGUACAAAUAACAUGUGCAAUCCAUGAAAAAUGUAGAAACAAAAGUUAAUGACAAUGUCUCUCAUAUUUAACAAGUCAUUCCAGAAAUAGGCUAUACAUUAUGUUUCUACACAAAUCAUAUACUAAUAGUAAACAUCUCUGUAUCGUAUUUCAAACAAAAUAGACAUAUAAUGCGAAAGAAAAAAAAUACUAUUACAUAAACCAAAAAUCAAUAAGAAAGAAGAUUGUAAAACAACGCAAAAUAAACCAACCAAACAAAAUGCAACGCCCAACGGCGAAUAAAAAACUAGAUAGAAUACGUUGUAUUCUAUUUCUAGACAUUUAGCAAUUUAUCGUAUCACUUUUUUCUGGAGAAAUUUAUUUAUUUAUAGUAGUAUCACUAGUUACGUAUGUUUAAUAAACAAAAUACUUACAAUUAUUAAUUACAAUUAGUUAAAGAUGAUAAAAAGAAGAUAUUUAAUAAAAAAAAUAAUGACAAGAAGGAGGAGUAUAGGUCAGCCUGUGUUGCACGUGCUCCUGACCUGGGGACUCUCACUAACCAGUCCUCUCUUUGGGAUGGCAACAAAACCCGAACCCACGGGUACACACCUGAACCAACCCGGUCAACGCUGGUAAAAUUCGUGUUGACGGGUUUGUGACCGGGGUUGGGUUUAAAUUCGUUUAUUAUUCACUGGGUUGGGUUUGGCUUUAGGUAAACCCGCCCACACCCAUAUAAUUAAUUUUCUCGGUAUAUUUAAUAUUCUAAACAACUAUCUUCUUUAUGUUUGUGGAGACAUGUCUAAUUUUUUCUUUGUAAUUGUGUAGAAUGAAGUUGAUGUUAAUGAGUGGAGAGUGAAAAAACUUAAUUGACAAGUAGGAAGAAGCUUUCAAUUAAUCAUGUUAUUUAUGGAUAAUUUGUGAUUUGCUUCAAUUUUCUUAAGUUUUCUAGAUUGGUGUUGAACAAUUUGUAUAGUUAAUUUGUGAUUUGCUUGAAUUUUUUAGAAUGGUGUUUUAUAUAUGAAUAAUUUGUACUGAGAGAUUGAUAUUUGACUUUAAUUUUGAUAAGAACUUGUUAUUGUAAAUUUUUUUACGACAAAAACCCGUGGGUACCAAUGAACCCGCGAAUACUCAGCGGGUUGGGUUGGAUUUGAGUUUUUCAAACCCAAUAGGUUUUAUCACUGAUUUUUUUCAUGAAUAAAUCCAUGGGUUUAGCAAAACCCGACCCAACCCGACCCAUUACCAUCCUUCCUCUCUAGGGAUGGCAACAACACCCGAACCCACGGGUACCCACCCGACCCAACCCGGUUAACGUGGGUAAAACCCGUGUUGACGGGUUUUGGGCCGGGUUCGGGUUUUAACCCGCUACACUAUUCACCGGGUCGGGUUGGGUUUGGGUUUAGGUAAACCCGCCCCAUGGGUACCCGCCCACACACAUAUAAUUACUUUCCCGGCAUAUUAAUAUUCUAAAUAAUAUAUCUUUCUUAAACAACUAAUUUGAUUUAUUUUUAUGGAGACAUGUAUAAUUUGUUCUUUCUAAUUGUUUAGAAUGAAGUUGAUAUUAUGAAGUGGAGAGUGAAGAAACUUAGUUGAUGAGGAAGAAGCUUUUAAUUAAUCUUAUUGUUUAUAGAUGUUUAUCUUUAAUUUUGAACAAUUUGUAUUGAUCAUUUGCGGUUUGCUUGUAUUCUCUAUAUUGGUAUUUUUUUGUGUGAAUAAUUUGUAUGAGAAAAUUGAUGUUAUUGUAAAUUUUUUACCACAAAAACCCACGGGUAGCCAUGAACCCGCGGAUACCCAGCGGGUUGGGUUGGGUUUGAGUUUUUCAAACCCAGCGAGUUUUACUCUAGGUUUUUUUGGCGGAUAAACCCAUGAAUUUGGGUUUGGCUUUGACAAAACUCGCCCCAACCCGACCCAUUGCCAUCCCUAUUCCUCUCUCUCCCAAAAUUCAAUGCCUCCUUAAUUUUCAUUUUCAUUUUUUUAUUUUAUUUUAUAAUAAUUAACAAUUUCGCCUCCUUCUUCUCUUCCUCUUCUUCACUCACCACUCACCUCACCUCCAUUUCUUACACACGCACAACAGUUCCCCUCUGAAACCAUUUGUCCUCUUCUUCUUCUCUCUCACCCCUCUCCAUUUCUCUGCAGACCCAUCAAAACCCAUCCCCCCAUCGCUUCAACAGUGACAACAGCUCACUCUUCACAAUAAUGAUGAUGGACGCAGCAGCAGCAGCAGCUGCCCUGAAGGGCGGUGGCGGCGGAAGGGUCGCCUUCGCCGCCGUCGUCGACGACGACAUGGGCGACGGCAUGCAGUGCAGCGACCAUCCUAACCGCAGCAACCCUGGCGGGAUCUGCGCCUUCUGCCUCCAGGAGAAGCUCGGCAAGCUCGUCAACUCUUCUUUCCCGCUCUCCGUUCGCGCCUCCACUUCCUCUUCCUCGUCCCCUUCCUUCAGAUCUGACGGCCCUUCCGCGGCGGCUUCCGCGGCCGCCACUUCCCUCGCGCUCGCGGUGCGCCCGUCUGGCUCUUCUUCUUCCACCGCCUACGGGUCCGCUCGAGGUGUUCGACGAAAUGACUCAAUGAGUAAUGGCAAUGGUACUCAUACUAAUGGUCAGUACAAUAGUAGUGACUACUACAGCGCUUCACUCCGCAAGGCGAGGAUCCCUUUCCUGCUCGCGAAGAAGAAGAAGAAAAUCAUGGCUGCGGCGACGUCGUCUUCGUCCUCCGAGAAUCAGCACGACGUCGUGUUCAAGCGCAGCAAGUCCACCGCAGCUCCGGGGAGAAGACCCGCCCAUUUCUUUGACGACGGUGAGGAUUUCACCCCUCGCAAGCGCGGUGGGUUCUGGUCGUUCCUCUACCAUUCCACCUCCAACAAUCCCAAAUCCAACCUCGAUCCUUCCUCCGUUGCAAGCCACAAGAGAGUCGAAAAUCAGAACAAGAUUUCAUCGGUUCCCGCUGCAGCAUCAGGAACAGCUGCCUCCAGCACGGUGUCGUCUGCUGCCUAUCCUCCAGCUUUGCGGAAGGAUAGAUGUUUGGGAGUUGGGGGAUCGUCUCUGUCACGAAGAACAGAGAUGGUGGUUGUGGAAGAAGACGAAGAAAGCCCCAAUAGCCAAGCGACGAGCUCCAACUCUGCUGCCUCGUCGUUCGAGAGGAAAGUGUCUCGAUCUAGAUCCGUUGGUUGCGGGAGCAGGAGCUUCUCGGGUGAUUUCUUUGAGAGAAUCUCAACUGGGUUUGGCGAUUGCACGCUGAGAAGAGUUGAAUCGCAGAGGGAAGGCAAGCCGAAAUCUGGUGGGGCUAUAAAGGAAAGGGUAAAGUGUGGUGGAAUCUUUCGUGGGUUCAUCAUCACUUCAUCAUCUUCAUCGUCUACGUCAUCAUCGUACUGGGUUUCAUCGUUAGCCGAGGAGAUGAAUGGGAAAUCUGGUGGCAAUCAUUUGAGCAAUGGAAGGGCGAGGAGCUGGACAUGGGCUUUUGCUAGCCCUAUGAGGGCGUUUGGAGGAAGCAAUAAGCCGUCUGGUAAGGACAACGGUAAGAGAGAUCAUCAUCAGGUUAUCAGGGAGACUGGGAAUAGGAACUCUGCUGCUGCUCCGAACUUGGCUGCCAUUCCUUCAUUGUUAACUGUUGAGAGACAGAGGAAGAGAGAGAGAGAGAGAGAUAAAGCAUUACUAGUGAGACUGGUUCGAAUCCUUUGACCAAGAAUACUUUCUCUGUCAUCUUCCCUCUUCUUCCCUUCCUGUCUGUGAACGUGAUCUAGAGAUGCCUUUGCCAGCUUUUGUUCAGCUUGUAUUUACUCAAUUCUUUAACCUCUCUUUUGUGUAGUUGAGAGAGGUCUUUCAGCUUCACAGCUUUUGCUUGUAAUUUGUUUAUCAGUUGUUGUAUUCUAAGGAUAAAAGAGUGAUUAUCAUGCAAUGGCAAGUUUGUAUUAUCAGAAGCAACUCACUCUCUCUGCCAAAGUUUUGGAUCACUCACAUGGGCACACAUGUUGGAUGAUUGCUCUCUCUCUCUCUCUCUCUCUCUCUCUCUCUCUACAACCAAUAAACACUUGCUGCUGCUGCUGUGGCCAUUUAAUAUAUUGGGGUGGUGUUGACUGUAUUGAGGAAGUAGAUGAUCUAUAGUGAAAGCUUGAAGGAGGGAUUGCUUCUUCUGCUUUCUUACUUCAUCUUUUCAUACAUGAGCCAUGUAAAUGUACUGUAUAUGGUGAAUGACAAUAAAUUGUUUGGCAGGGCAUUCAGCCAGUAGCCUACUAAACAGUAUGACUGUAUGAGUAAUCAGGAUUGAGUUUUCAUUUUCAACCUCUGAAUUUUCAUGUCUGAGGUGUGGUAGAUGCCAGAUGGUAACUAAUUGACCUACCUCUGGUCGAACCUGUAACUGGAACUGACCAAGCCGAACUGAAGGAGGUUGUUCGAGCAAGCACAUUCUUGGAUGCCUAAGAUCAUUUCUCUAUCAACUCAGCCUGAAUAGCAAGAUGGGGAAUCUCUCCAUUCAGAUUGGAUCUAGAUUACCGCUAAUUCGCUUCGUUUUACAACAUAAUGCUUUGUUAUCCAUCGACAACUAAACCCCCCGAAUAACACAACUUCAAUCCACCCCCUCCUUUCAUGGUACACACUACAAAUUUUAUGAAAUGUCCCAAAUUAUUUACAUGAUCUAAGUUGAAAAAGAUGGCUCAAAGAUGAAAACAAGGGACCUCAUAUGAAAGUCAGGGCAGGGGGAGAACUGUAUGAGAAAACGAAGUAUGAGGAAAUGAUGAAAUGGAAGAGGACAAGGAGGUUUGUGGUGGUUGGGGUUCUUUUCAAAUGGAGUAAUAAGUAGUAGAAGAAGAAGCAGAAGAGGGCAAAAGCAAGAAGACAAACUGAAAAGGCUGCAUUUGGGGGACACUGGUAUUGGAAGCAGACCAUUAACAAGCAAGUAGGACCCCUUAAUUUUAAGGGACAUCAUGUACAUUUUCCCCCUUCCUAAUCCUACCCAUAUCUCUUCCAAUUCUCUGUUUCUCACCAUCAUUUCUCCUUUCAUCCAAGCCCACAAAGCCAAACCAGUAGCCAAACGUAGAAGUCCUUUUGGGAACUUGCAUGAUAGAAAGCAAACAAGCUCCUUUCUUGCUUUUCAUCCUAACAUCUUUUUGGAAGCCAAAAGGCAAGAUUGCAAGCAAGCUGUGUCCUUAGCAUUAGUAGGUCAUUAUUAUCGACUAUUUUUCCCACCAACAAUCUCUGUGUCCUCCUCCCUCUCUCAUUCAUGUGCUUCUGUGGCUUUGGUCUGAGGAGAUGGGGAUACUAUUGCAAUUAUAAGAGGACCCCAUUGACAGAUUUUGCCAUUUUAGACUAAGGCUCCCCCUAGCCCUUGGGAAGAAAUAUCAAGCAACAUGAAGAACCUUGCCCCCAUAUAGAAAUAUAUCAGGUUGUUGAACAAUGUAUUUACAGUCUCACAAUGUUUACCGUCGUUAGAAUGGACACUGGAUGCUUUAGAAUUGUCAGAUGAACGCAGAGCGCUUUACUAAAGAUAUGACGAUCAUGAUCAAAAUGAACACUAUGAUUUGAGCAUUUUAGUAAAAUUGGGUGCUUAAGGGCCAUGUUUAUCUCGUGGUACAACAGGAAGUUAUGUAGUGAUAUUCAAUAUUUUAGUGUAAAUGAUGUUGCGGAAUGAGAAUUUAGGAAUGUUAGGUCGGAUUCCUAUAAAUUCAACUUCAAGGU